GCAGGUGAACAGGUGUGUUGCAGCCGAUCUGACAGUCGUCCCCAUAGAGACAGGCUCCUACUACAGGGCUGCUCGUGCGCCGUUAGACCUGCUAGUCCUCUCUCGGAGGCGAUGGCAAGCGUCAAUAUGAAACAGCCGGCUUUUGGAUAUGAAUAAUUUCCUCGAAAACAGACUUCCGGAUGGUUGCCAAACAGAUUUUUUAUUAUUGGAUUAACCACCAGCCGUCAGCCGCAGCUUUAUCCUGAGAGGCCGGAGAUUUGUGUCGCUGGGCAGGGAGGAGUCCUCUGUUAUUUCACCGUUAAGCUGAAGCCAGGCCAGCAUGUUGGCGUUUUAACAACACGUCCAUCUCAAACAUAAAGCUGUGAAGAGGACCCAAUGCACUCUUAGAGGAUGGAUGUGGAGGUGAGUGCUGCCAGGGACAAUACCUGGAGGAGAGCAGCAGCAGCAGCAGAUGAUGAUGCAGGAGGAGGGGGCAUGGAGGCUCAGGUCGUGCCGCUGGAGCUCUACGACUCUGCAAGAGCCAAAAUAGACGCAAAUCUCCGCUGGUUGUUUGCCAAAGCUCAUGGUACAGAUCACAUCCCUGCAGACCUGCGGGACCCCUUCUAUACCGACCAGUAUGAGCAAGAACACAUCAAGCCCCCCAUCAUCCGCCUGCUGCUGUCUGGAGAGCUGUACUGCCGGGUGUGUGGGCUUAUCCUACACGCUGAGCAUGCCGCCUCUCUCCAAAAUCACCAGUCUGUUAUCCAGGCCCUGUCCAGGAAAGGCAUCUAUGUCCUGCAGACAGACAACACACCUGUCUCUGAUCUGGACCUCAGCUCGGCUCCCAUCAAAAUGAGCUCCCACAUCCACCUUAUUGAUGCUCUGAUGAUGGCCUAUACAGUGGAGAUGAUUAGCAUAGAGAAGGUGGUGUCCAGUGUCAAGCGUUUUUCCAACUUCAGUGCCUCCAAGGAGCUGCCUUUUGACCUGGAAGAUGCAAUGGUCUUUUGGAUCAACAAGGUGAACAUAAAGAUGAGGGAGAUCAUGGAAAAAGAGCUGAAAAUUAAGCAACAUCUGCUGGAGUCACCUGGUCACCAGAAGCCUGAUAUAUUGCAUGCUCUGGCCCACUGCUUAUUGGAGCCUGUGGAGUUCUCUCACAUGGUGCGUUACCGCAGAGAUCACCUGUCAGGUCGGACACUUCAGCACUUCCCUCUGUUGGAUGACCUGUUGAAGGAUAUGUCUGACGGCACGGCUCUGCUGGCUUUGAUCCACUUCUAUUGCCCAGAACUCAUUAGACUGGAAGACAUCUGUCUGAAGGAGGUUCCCUCCAUAGCAGACAGUGUGUACAACAUCCAGCUACUAAAGGAGUUUUCUAAUGAAUACCUGAACAAAUGCUUCUAUCUGAAGCCUGAGGACAUGUUGUAUUCUCCACCAGUACUAAAGAAUAACGUGAUGGUCUUCAUUGCUGAGCUCUUCUGGUGGUUUGAGAGUGUGAAGCCAGAGUUUGUACAGCCCAGGGACCUUCAGGAAAUCAGAGAUGUGAGAUUGCUGCUGCAGCCUAAGAGUUCACGACCCCAUGUUCCCAUCUCCAACGUCACCAAACGUAGUUUCCUGACUUCAUCAAACUCUGCCGACAUCUUGACCACGCCCCCGAGCCCUGACCUCAGCACUAAACCAAGCACGUUAAGCCCAUCUCACUCUUUAUUGCCUCUGAGACAGAGACAACAGAAAGUGGCUGAGGAGAGCACUUCAGAACUGAGAAAUAGGUCCAACUCUAUGACACAUACAGACGGGCAGCAUCAGGGCUCAAUACUGGCCUGGCCAGAGAGGAGACCAAGGCCUUUAUCCCAGCCAGUACCGUACGCCCUGCAUUGUCCCCUGGAAGACGAUGCAGACAGUAUCAGUCUUGCUCGCUCCAUCAGCAAAGACAGCUUGGCCUCCAACAUAAUGAGCAUCACCCCUAAACACAUGCUGGGGUCAGGUCCUCAUUUGCCUCAACACAGACUCAGUGGUCAAAGCCUGCUUAGUCACAUGCACAUAGAGGAUGAGGAGGAGGAAAUAGAGGAGGAAGAACUGGUUUCUAUAAUCCACCCUUCUGCAUUUUCUCGACGUCGACUUGGGAGCGACAUGGAGCAGGAUGAGCUGGAAAUCCAGUGUGCAACCUCCACCUCAAGGGUUUCUAAUAGUCGUUGCUCUCCCCGCCUCGACAUGGGUCCCUUAACUCCCGACCGCCAGGCUGACAGCUACUAUCUGGAGCCUUUGAUGCCUGCCAUCCUUAAGCCAGCCAAAGAGAGGAGCAUCAGCCUAAACAAGGAGGAGGAGAGUGGUGAGAGUUGCUGUAGAGCAGCAGCUGCUGCCAGGAAAGCAGCCACCAAUGUCCCAAGCACCUCACAGAGGAAAGCCCCAGCGGCCGAGUCAAACAGAAAUACCUUUACACCCAUACUUGUGGUAGAAUCAGUCCCUAGCACUCUUAGGCCACCCACAGAGGGGUCGAUAGACAUCUCUCAGUCUGGGAAGAAACAGUCCCAAGGCUUUUUCCUUCAUUCGUCAGGAGAGCCAGACCGCCACAGUCCUUUCUCCACUACGCUGGAGGUAGGGCAAGACUCUGACUCUGACAUUGCAGACCUUGAGGAAGAUGAUGAGGAGGACGAUCAGAUGGAGCUGACUAAAGAGGUGGUAAAGAGAGGAAAGGGAAAAUACUUAGAGGGGGGAGAGGUGUGUGAAUUUGGAGAGGGUGAGUCAGCUAAACUGAGAGAAGAUUUGAAGGUUAGUGAGCGGGACGAUAAGGAAGACUGUGAGCGGGACGAUAAGGAAGACUGCAGUGGACGCUCAAGCCCUUGCCUCAGUACCAUAUCCUGGGUGAGCAGCUGCAGUGCUUCAGGCAGCACUAGUGUCAAGAUGACCAGCUUUGCAGAGAGAAAGCUCCUUAAACUUGGCCUCCGUGAUGGAUUCUCAAGUACCAGCAGCUCUCAGAAAACCACACCAGAUGGCUCUGAGGUUGCCCCCUGCCCUCCCUGGCAACUGAGGAGUGAUUGCACCUCUAGCUGGAUAGGGAAGGAGCCUAGUUCUGUGUUGGGGAAGAAUAUGGUGGUAAGUCCCCCGGUAGUGCCUUCAGAGCUGCUGCAACUUCACAUGCAGCUAGAAGAGCAAAGACGUGCUAUUGAGUAUCAGAAGAAGAAGAUGGAGACCCUAUCAGCACGGCAGCGACUAAAGCUAGGGAAGGCUGCAUUCUUGAACAUUGUUAAGAAGGGUGGAGGAAAGAGUGAUACACUUCCCCUGCCCCUGAAACCCUCCCAGGAAUCCUCAGAACUAGCUGACAGGAGUAGAGUGAAGACCCCGUGCAAGGACGACUCUUGUCUUGAUGCUCUGAAGGUCCAGGCAAAGGCAGGUCAAACAGUGGGAAGACAGAUGAACAGAGACAACAGGUUGAACACCCUGUCCCAGGAUAAUAUGGCUGAACCUGACUUAAAUGAGUGUUCCCACUCCAUAGAUCUACUCAAUGAAGCUAUUAGUUCCAUUCAGCACCAGAUGAUGCAGCUCUCUUUACAGCAAGACCUGCUGAUGAAGCGUGUGGUGUCACCUCCAGAACAGGUAGAAUCAAGCCCUAGCACAACCCCCAACACAACACAAUCAGCAUCCUCUACCUCAGACUCCAAAUCCUUUGCGGUUCACUUUGUAGAUAUCAGUGGCAGCAACUCUGCCCCUGCUCGCCGUCCUCCCAAGUUUAGCUCCAGCCAACGCAGCAAAGCUUCGGAGCAAAAACAGAGUAAAGACAACAGCAAGAUGGUUUCUAUCAAGUCUACUAUUCAGUCUCCUAGAGAAAACUCUGUUGAAGACCAGAAGACAGGGAGUAUUGUUGAGAGCUCCAGACUAGAGAGAAACAUUCAGAGAAACACCACCUUCAGAGUCCAUGAUGACCCCAACCAAUGCAGCAUUGGAGAGGGAACUGGAGACUUCUUGGACGAAACCAAGUCACAGGACCCAAUGUCGCUGACACAGGCUACAGAACAAGAGGAGAACAAUGUUGCCAACUCAGGGCAAGAGGCUGUGGGUGGACAUGAGAAUACCAGGUUCAAGGGUCAACUGAUUGAGGUCGACCUAUCAGGUCAGCUUAAGGAUCCACUGGAAAAUGGCAGUGCAGAUGUUACAGACUGCACAGCAGAGGGCGAGCAGAAGAAUGUGCUAGGCUUCUUCUUUAAGGAUGAAGAGAAAGCAGAGGAUGAAAUGGCUAAACGUCGUGCUGCCUUCCUCCUCAAACAGCAACGCAAAGCUGAAGAGUCGAGACUACGCAAACAACAGCAAGAAGCUGAGAGUGAGCUCAAACGUGAUGAGGCCAGGCGCAAAGCAGAAGAGGAGCGUGUUCGUAAGGAGGAGGAGAAGGCACGACGAGAGCUAAUUAAGCAGGAAUACCUGCGGAGGAAGCAGCAAGCAUUGAUGGAAGAGCAGGGUCUGGUCAAGCCUCGCCCACGGACUAAAUCCCGCAGGAGCAGGCCUAAAUCACUGCACCGUGAAGAGUCCAACAGCCUCUCCAAAGGAUCCACCACAUGUAAUUCUCCUGAGGUGUCCAUGUUGAUCAAAGCGAAGAGCUCAGCAGCAGGCUGCAGGGGAGCUGAUCUGAGCUGCAGUCAUCGAGGAUCGACGCUCUCUUUGGCGACUGAGGCAGACAGUGUCAUCUCUGGAGGGGCAGAGUCACAGAGGGCUGGAUCUGUGUGCUCUAUGGAGUCGUUCCCUAUGCUGAGCAGGGCGUCUAGCAGGAAUAUGGAGAGGGACUGGGAGAAUGGCUCUAUAGCCUCUUCCAUCACUUCAGUGGAGUACAAUGGUCCUAAACUCUUCAAGGAGCCAAGCUCCAAGUCCAACAAGCCAAUCAUCAUCAAUGCCAUCGCUCACUGCUGUCUGGCUGGAAGGGUUAAUGAGGCCCAGAAGAAUGCUGUUCUGGAGGAGCUGGAAAAGUGCGAGUCCAAUCACCUGAUCAUCCUCUUCCGCGACGGUGGGUGCCAGUUCCGCGCCAUUUACUCGUACUCACCGGACACCGAGGAGAUCAUCAAGUUCACAGGUACAGGGCCGCGUGCUAUCAGCCGGAAGAUGAUUGACAAGCUCUACAAAUACAGCUCGGACCGCAAGCAGUUCACCGUCAUCCCCGCCAAGUCUGUGUCGGUCAGCGUUGACGCCCUGACCAUCCACAAUCACCUCUGGCAGGUUAAGAGACCAGGGAGUGCACGGAGGAAGUGAGAAAGAGGAGGAGGGAAAAAUAACACUUGUUAUAAUUUUUGUUCUAUCUACUACUGUUGGGCAGGACCCAAUAAUCUCUGAGAUGAUUGACAUGUGAUCAUGUGACAUGUAAUUAGACGGUGGGGGGUCAUCAGAUGUUCUCAUUAAUGGAGAUGUCAGUCUGGCAGUGCGAGAAUAUGAAACACCUGCCAACUGAAUGCUUUUUUCUUUUUGUCUCGUUAGCUUUUUAUUUUGCAUGUCAUACUUAAAUGUGGGUAUGUCCUACAUUAAUUAAGCACUAUUGAUGAUUGACUGAUUCUUAUGUAGCAUUGAAGAGGAGAUGGACUCUCGAGUCAAAUACUACUGAAUCUACUUUCAGAAUCAAGCACACUGCUGAUACCAAGUGCAACUACAGACAGGCAGUGGUGAACAGUCACUUGAUAAUGUCUUGUAAAGUUAAAGCUAUUUCAGCUUGGCAAAAAAACACCCUACUGCUGUGAUUAAUCCAGGCUCCACAUACAGAGCCCCUAUUAUUCACCAGUAGCUAUUACUGGUCAGUGCUUUCAAGAAGAGAGGGAGCUUUGAACAAACUUUUUUAUCUAAGUAUGGAAUGGAUGUUAGUGAGUGAUUAUGUCCAGUCUUGUUUUCUGUUUAGUGUGUUUGGGGAAGUGUGUGAGUCUUUGUGUUAGGGAAGGGGAGAGCUGAAUGCACUGCUUGUGCAUACUGCUCUGAAUGUGUUCUCUCACUCUAUUGAUUAUGCUUUAAAACGUCUGUCAUGCAACAGAACAAUAGAGCAAAGCAACAAAACUUUUUCUUUCUAGUUUGGGAGCUGCGUGCUGCUGUUACAGUGAAAGAGAAAUAAUGUUUUUACAGUAGGGGAAAUUCUACUAGUAUUUAUUCUAAACAGGAAGCGCUUUUGAAACUCAGUGCAUUAUACCUUUUCAGUAGUGCAUUAUAUUGUAUUAACUUCAUAUUUAUAGUCCACCACCCAAAUGAGCCAUCUGAGAUCCCUGACUGGCUCAUAUUGCUGAACCAAAAUGAACUCAGCUAUGCCACUGAGCUGUUUGCUGCUCAUUAACUGCUCACUGGAUUCUGAUUGAGACGUACGAUUUUAAUGUAGCCUCUGGCGCUCAACACUAGUAAUUUCCCUGUAAUGACUGACUGUCAGCAGCUGGUAUAAUGUGGAGGGGGAACUGCACAAUACUUGAUAUUUGUCUGCUGCAUUUUGUACACUUUUGAGUAGUAUUUUUUGUACAUUAUGUACAAGUUAUGUUUACUAAAAAGCAGGCACUAUUUUGAGGUUUAUUCUGUUACAGGCUUUCAGAGAUGUUAUGAGUCUUAUUUCAUUGUGUUAUAUUGUUCCUUUGUUUAUUUAUUUUGAAGAGAUAUAAUAAAAUGCAACUAGGUAUGUUUUCUGAUGAAAUGUGUGUGCUUGCUAAAGUUGUAGUGGUCUGUGGGUAUUUUUGCGUGCAUACAGUAUGUGCAUCUGUUCCUUCCUGCUCCCCUUUUCUUUCUUUGACCAUCUGCCUUCCUGUUUCACUCUCCUCUUUUUAGUCACAUCUGUCUCUGGCUCUGUUUUUCUGCUGCUCUCUAUUCCCACUCUCUCUGUCUCUUCCGGAUGUGAUAGAGGUAAAAAGUGUGCUUAUGAAAGGUCUGUAAGGCUGUUUAGGUCAUAAACCAUAUUUACUCUCACACAUAAAUUAUCACACACUAUUAUGCACAAUCAUACCCUCACUCACACUUCUGUUUGGGCCAUAAAUAAUUUCUACAACACAGUUAAGGCAGAACAACUCUUUCCUUCCAGUAUAGGCGUUUUUCAGGAAAAGCACAAGUGUAACUCCUACCUACCUCCUCAAAAGCUCACAAAUUUACAUGUUGUUUGUAAAUCUGUGAGGUCACUGCUCCUGGCCAAGAAACAGUCCUGCACACACACUCACACACACACAUAUAUAUAUAUAAAGCUCUGUAAAGCUGAGGGAGUUAAGGUGAUAAUUCUCUGUAGGUUCAUCAAGUGACUCCUGUCACAUUGUUUUCACAUCAUUUGAUACAUUGUUAUUAUAAAGAUAUUGAUUAUGGCCACUUUAACCAUGGCUCUGUCCAUACCAUGGACGCUACUUUUCGUUUCGUUUGACAUUUUUGAGAGCACUACAUAGAGCAUAAAAUUCACACUCAAAUAAAGUGGCAGACAGUAAAUAGAGUGCUAUAUAGUAAAUAAGAGGUGAUUUUAGACACAGCUCUGCUCUUACAGGUCAUACUGCUUCACCUAUUCUCUCUCUUGCUGUUAAUUCGUCUACAUUCAAUAUAUCAAGCCCCUACACCCACAGUAAAACAGCACAGGUGUUUUCACUUGAGCUGUGUGAUUAGACCUCAUCUCCAAUGCUAGUUCUGUGACUCCCAUUACUUUAGUCAUGCAGCUCCUUCCUUCUUUUUUCACAUCAACACUUCUUCACCCUUCUCUUUGUUUCUCCCUCCUGUUUUCCAUUAACAUCUCCUUUUCUUUCACCAGCUAUUUUAUCAUUCAGUAUUCUUAGUACAGAACUGAGUUUCACAGAGCUUUGUUGUCUCAUUUAGGCCGUUAACUUUGACAAAUCUACAUUGAGCUCAAACUGUUUCCUUGACCAUCCAUUGUUACAACUAGCACGCUGUGUGCCAAAUUAAACUGCCUGACUGUCGUAGAAAGGCCCACACCUGUCUAUCCCACAGAGCUCUGUUCACAGAAGAGCUAAAUUUAUGCCAAUUACCUGUAGCUAUAAGCUCUGCAAAGCAUAGGCACAGCCAUGCUUUGAACUAAAUGCUCACAUAUGCUCAACAUGCUCAAAUUGAUCAAUGAUAAUGAUCACAAUAUUAACAUGCUGGUGUUUGGGGGGAGGGGUAAUGUUUAGCACUAAACACAAAGUACAGCUGAGGCUGACGGGAAUGUCAACUCGUUUUAAGGUAUGACAGCUAUACACUGUGUAUUUAUGGUGCUAAAUAAACUGUGCAAGCGUU